CCCAUGCUGUCGGGGCUCUCGGUGCGUGGUUGCUCUAUAGGACCGAAAUCAAGCUUAUUUUUGUCUGUUCCUUCGAGGCAGUCCGUGCUUCAACCAGAACCCUACACCACGCAUUAAGUCCGCCAAAGUCGUCGAAUUUGUCCUUCCAGUCUCUGCUGCUUCUUUUUCUGGGGUAUAUAUAUUUCAAACGUUUCCUUCACAGGCCUGUCUGCUCGUUCUCCCUGUUUUGUCUGCCCGUGUCUAUUUCUGACACUCGUUAAAUUCUUUUCUUCUUCUUUUUCAGUCCUUUGUUGAAAUCAAGAGCAACGUUUUUGCAUUGGUAAAGGCCGUUCAGUAAGGAAUACACAUUCAUCAUGGCUGACGUUUUCAAUGUGCAAAUUUUUUUCAUUGUCUUCAGAGAAGCCUUAGAGGCAAUCAUUGUUAUCUCUGUCCUUCUUGCUUUCGUUAAGCAGUCCAUCGGUGAGGCUAACCAGAAGUUGGCCAGAAAGAUUAAAAUCCAGAUUUGGUGUGGUUCCAUUGCAGGUGUGAUUAUCUGUUUGGGUAUCGGUGGUGGUUUCAUCGGUGCAUACUACACCCUCGGUAAAGAUAUUUGGGGUGGGGCAGAAGACCUUUGGGAAGGUAUUUUCUGUAUCAUCGCCACAGUGUUGAUCUCUUUGAUGGGUAUCGCGAUGGUUAGAAUCAACAAACUUCAAAAGAAAUGGAGAAUCAAAAUUGCCAGAGCAAUCGUCACUCCUCCAGCUAAGAAGGCCGACCGUCUGAAAAUUGGUUACCUGCUCAAGAAAUACGCUAUGUUCAUCUUACCUUUCAUCACUACAUUGAGAGAAGGUUUGGAAGCAGUUGUUUUCGUUGGUGGUGUUGGUAUCUCUGAAGCUUCAGCUAGAGCUUUCCCAUUGCCUGUCGUGUGUGGUUUGAUUGCUGGUUUGGCUGUUGGUGGUUUCUUGUACUACGGUGGUUCUGCUGUCUCAUUGCAAAUUUUCCUCUGUAUUUCAACUGCCAUCUUAUAUUUAAUUGCAGCAGGUCUAUUUUCUAGAGGUGUCUGGUACUUGCAAACAGAUCAUUUCAACAAACAGACUGGUGGUGAUGCUUCCGAAAACGGCUCUGGGCCCGGUACUUACAACAUCCACCAAAGUGUGUGGCAUGUCAACUGCUGCAACCCAGAGCUUGACAAUGGUUGGGAUGUCUUUAAUGCUCUAUUGGGGUGGCAAAAUUCUGCCACGUAUGGUUCAGUCAUUUCAUACAACAUCUACUGGUUAUCCGUCAUUGUCUUACUAUCCUUAAUGCUUUUUGAGGAAAAGAAAGGACACUUGCCUUUCGUUUCUAUCGGUUUUAGACACUUGAACCCUCUUUACUACAUCAAAAACAAGAAGAAGGACGAGUUGUCGAAUGAGGAAGCCGACAGAUUGUUUGAACAAGCUAAGAUGCAAAUUCACAAUCACGCUGAAGAGCAAGAAUUGAACGAAGUUCAUGAAGCAACCCAGUUAAACAGCACCGCCAAGGCUUACUGA